GUGGAGGAGUUGAGAAAUGAGUGUGUAGCAAGGGGAUUGAAAGAUGAACGAUUGAAGAAAAAUUUACAGACAAGCCUGAAAGAGCACCUGAAGGGUGUGCAAAGAGUGCCAACUUUGCUAAUCAAUGAGAAGGAUAAGAACAUGCACGAUAUCAACUUGGGUAAAGAAUAAUAUUUUUGCUACUAUCACAAUGUUUCUAGAACAAUGAGAUUUCAACAGUGAAGUUCAACAAUUAGCUUCCUUGCAACAUUUUGCCAUAUCUCUACAUCUCAGUCUGAAAACUGUGCCUUCUUAAGAAUGGUUCAAUUUUUUCAAUCAAAAUUGCCAUUUUUUUAUUUAAAAAAAAUUCAUAAAAAAAAAACAAAUUCUUUCACGUUUAAUUUGCCAGUUGUUGUUUUUUCUGCACAUCGCUAUGAAAUUUUGACCAAAUACUUUGUCACAAUAUUACUAUAUGUCUUUCAGUAACUAUUCACCAUCAUUAUUUUUUUUUGUCUGUCUUCAAUUUUUUCUUUUCAGGUAUGUAUGAAGUUCUUCCAACAGAGCCACUACAUGACAUGAAAGAACACAUCUGCAAUGUGGUAUCUGAGUUAAAGCACCACCUUUCUCAAGAAGAGAAACAGCUAUGCGAAAAGACUAUCGAGCUGGUAGCACAAACUAAAGAGCAACUUUGUGGUUCUGACUAUCGAGAGAUGGCUAUUGUGCUUUCCAAACAACUUAGAGGUUUGCAACAACUUUAUUGUACAUGGAUAUAAUAUUUUAUUCUAAUGCAGUCUUCCUCAACACAGCCAUCUACUGUUAUGAACAGGUACACACAUGAAAAUUAUUUUCAAAAUAAAAUUUACUCUUUUCCCCUUGUCCUUCUUUAAUUUGUACUUUUGUUAUCACUGUAAUGUAAAUAUGUAAUGAAUAGUACUGUUUGUGAAGUUCUUAAUGAAGGUUAUUUUAAAAAAAAAUUAACAAUUUCAUGCAGUCAUUAUUAUGAUUAUAAUAUUAUCAUCAUUUUCAGAAAGCUUGUGACAAAUAUAACAAACUUUUAGAACAGAAAAUACUUACAUUAAUACAGUGACUUUCCUGAUCCUCUCACUGAAUAACAAGUUCAAAAGAGAAAAAAAUUUAUUAUGAAUUGAAAAUUCAUUAGGCAGUAUCAAAAGUAAGUAAAAAAGAAAAAUGAUUUGAUUAUAUCUAUAUAAAGUAUAUAAAUAAAAAGGCUAUCAAGUAACCCUAGCACCAUAUGAUGUCUACAUAAUCAUAUAUUCAUUAUUCAAAAGGACUUGUGAGUGAUAAGGUGCAGACACCAUGACAGAAAUAUCAAGCAUUCUAUAUUCAAGGCCAGAGAAGCGCUGUCAAAAAAGCAUUUUAAGACUCCACAAUCAGACCUUUCUUCAUGCCAUUGCCUGUGAGGAGGUCAUUGGGAGGCCAAACGUUCUCACUGAGAAGAAGUUUAUCGGCGGUACUUUCAUUCUUUGA